AUGGAGAGCUGUUGGAUCACAGACAGCAUGCUGUUUGCAUCCUCCUUGCUGAGAUGGUUAAACAAACUGGAGAGAGCAAGGCUGAAUUGGGAAGCUGACCUUCCUAAUGCUAUCGGCGCUGGUUGGAUCCCUGACCCGUCGGACACCGCCCUUGGUACCAGCAACAUGACAGCUCUCCACAUCUUCUCCAGUCUCCUUACCCAAGGAUGUGGGAACGAGGACGCGUGGGUGGAAACGUUCUCCUUAGCUUACUCCAACGCUUCGUGGAAUUGGAAACACAUCACCUAUCAGGAGAGUGCACCGUUGGUGGUUACUGGCAAUACGGAUCAGGUAACGGUCGUGGAGGUCACCUUUGGUGAAGUCUACGGCCAAUACUUGCGGAUCCUACCACUCUCCUGGCACAACCAUGUGGGCCUGCCUUUUGGGAUCGUCGGCUGCCCCAGGAGAAACGGAUGCAAUGUCAACUCUCAUUUAUGCAUGCCGCCUCUGCCAACCACUGACCUGACGAAGCCGAUUAUCAAGCCAAGGUAA